AUGGGCCCUCAGCAGUCACCCCGUGUGGGGUUGAGCGGCGGCUUCUCAGUUCUCGCUCCUAUGCAGCCGCCGCCGCCGGUCAGAAUGCCUGGCUUGGCCGCAGCCACUGGGACACCUGGCCCUGGGACCCGCUGUUGGUGCCACCUGCCCUGCUCUGCGCCUCUCCGCGCCUGCGCCGGCGCCCUGCGCCCCCUCCGCGCCUGCGCCCCCUCCGCGCCUGCGCCCCCUCCGCGCCUGCGCCCCCUCCGCGCCUGCGCCCCCUCCGCGCCUGCGCCCCCUCCGCGCCUGCGCCCCCUCCGCGCCUGCGCCCCCUCCGCGCCUGCGCCCCCUCCGCGCCUGCGCCCCCUCCGCGCCUGCGCCGCCGGCGCUCUGCGCCUCUCUGCCUUUGCGAAGGGCGCUCUGCCUUUGCUAGGGCGGAGCUGCCUACUCCUCAGCACAGACCGGGAGAGCAUCGCGAGGGCGGAGCUGAGUUCUCCUCUGCACAGACUUCGGAGAUACAGCGAAGGCGGAGCAGUGUUCGCCUCAGCACAGACCCAGGCGGGCGGGCCGGGGGUACCGCGAGGGCGGAGCUGCGUUCUGCUCAGCACACACCCGGGGGACACCGCGAAGGCAGAGCAGCGUUCUCCUCAGCACAGACCUUGGAGGCACUGCCUCGCUUUGGGACAACUCGGGGCCGCAUCAACGACUCAGCUUCGCACUCCAGGGCUGCAUACCACCAGCCACUGUCAUAUUAACCCCUUCCCAGGCCAAUGUGUCCUUGGCCUGGAGCCCAAUCUGCUGGACAGCCUGGGACCGUCCAUUUUCGGAGUGGUGGGCAACCUGGUGGCCAUCGUGGUGCUGUGCAAGUCGCACAAGGGGCAGAAGGAGACCACCUUCUACACAGUUAUGCAGCUGGCUGCCACCAACCUGUUGUUCACUUUGCUGGUGAGCCAGGUGACCAUCGCCAUGUACAUGAAGGGCGGGUAACCUGGGGGCCAGCUGCUGUGUGAGUACAGCAUCUUCAGCCUGUUCUUCUUCAGUCAGUCCGGCCUCAGCAUCAUCUGUGCCAUGAUAUCUAUACAGCACCCCCGGCUCCAGCACCCCUGGGCCAGGCACUCCGGUCCCUACAGGAAGCGUCCCGUUGCCGUCGGGCUCAGGGCCAGGAGCCACUG